AUGUCACAAGAUCAAACUCCUGAAUCCACCACCACUGACAACACUCUUGCUGAUCCAAAACUUUCAAUCUCCAAGUUGAUUAAUAAUUUAACCGAAAAUUGCUCCAAUGAUGAGAUUGACAAUAUUUCUGAGAGAAUUGAAUCCUCUCCAUUGCAAAAUCAUGAUCAAUCCGAAUUAUUAUGUUCCUUGGGUGAGGUUUUAUAUUUGUUACAGAGGGAUGAUGAGAAGGCAAUGAUGUUUAUUGAAAAAUCCAUUCAGAAGAAUGAUCAGAAUGCGAAGGCUUACUUUUAUAAAGGCAUGCUAGCUGUUUUUAUUCCUGGAAGAGAGGAUGAUGAUAUAAUUGCAUUGGAGAAGGCAAUUGAGAUCAAGUCGGAUAUUGGGUUUUAUUGGUUCGAGUUGGGGAGAGCUUUUAUUAGAAAGAAGAUGGAUGAGAAGGCUUUGGAAUGUUUGAAAAAGUAUGUCGAGUUGGAUAGAGAGGAUGCUAUCAAGAAGCAAGUAACCUCUACACUCUAUAAUUUGGGAAUGAGAUGGUUUUUGGAGAAGAAUUAUGAGAAGGCUCUUGAAUCUUUCGAAAUUGCUGAUGGAUUGAGUUUGGAUCCUGAUUUGCAAUUGAAGGGAAAGAUUGUACAGACCUAUGAGAAAUUGGGAAAGAAAACUGAACGAGAUGAAACUAUUCAAGAACUCUACAAAUUGUAUAGAAACAAAUCACUUGAAAAUCAAAUUAGAUUUUGUAGAGAUCAAUUCACUCUCGAUUCGUAUGAAAACCAUACCAAUGUUACUGUAUUUGUGUACGAAUUCUUUGAAUUGAUUGGUGAUAUGGCUUUGAAAUAUCUAUUCCAGGUCAGCACUGAAAAAUCAAUUCUCUGCAAAAUUUCCAUGGGCAGUUACACUUUCACCAAUCAAUUUCACAUGGAGAUGAAUUCUGCAUCUCAACCCGAUGAGAGAGUUUACCAUCUCGAUGGUUACUACCCAGGAAUGCACAAGACUUUUGGAUUUUAUUCUGGAACAACUGAGAAACCAAAUAUUACAUACGAAGAACUGAAACAAAAGGUAUUGGAUAUUCUUGAGGGAAACUCUACUGCAAUUUCAUCUUCCACCACUCCUAAUCAAUAG